AUGGAUAAGGACAGCUACAACGCUCGAUUACUGGAACAUAUAACUGGUGCUGCGGCUUGUUUUGCUGUAACCGUUUCGAAAGAAAGCGGACUGUUAAAUGUCUUUCUCGAGCCACACGAACCUAUGACAGUUGCUGAGAUAGCGGCAAAAUCUAAUUUAAGACAAAGAUAUGUACAAGAAGUUUUGGGAUGUCUGGUGACAUCUAGAAUCAUACAAGUGGAUGAUAAUUCGGAAAAAUAUUCCUUACCACCUGAACUGCGCACCUGUUUAAAAGGAAUGCUGAUAUCGUUCGAUCUGGCAGAUCAUUUAAACAAGAGAACAGAAGAUCUAAAGAGCUUGCUAGAUCCUAAUGGAAUUAAAGGCUAUCCGACCCAUUCCAGAGGAAACAUUGGUGAUAAAAUGGACGAGCUUGUUAAUACCGAUAUCAAUGGCACGAUAGAUGGAAUGUUUUUAAGAUCCACGCCUGAUAUUCAACAAAAAUUAGAAACUGGUAUAGAUUUUCUAGAGUUUGGUUGCGGUCAGGGAGCCUUGAUUCUAGCAAUGGCGGAAAAAUUUCCUAACACGAGAUUCCUUGGAGUGGACAUCUCAAAAGAUGCUGUGGCUGUCCUGGAGAAAGAGAUUCAAAAAAGAAAGCUAGCCAAUUUGCGAGUGGAACAAGGUGAUAUACUAAAACUGGACGAAAAGCUGAUUGAAAAGUUCGACAUGGUACAUAUCCAUGACGUUUUACAUGAUAUGGGCGAUUCUGUCAAAGGCGCCGAAAAUAUCAAGAAAGUGGUCAAGCCUGGCGGUAUAGUCAAUAUAAUAGAGAUCGUACUCAAGGGAAAUAACCACAAGGAAAAUAUCGAAGAUCCAAUGGCACCUCAGAUGUACGGUUUGAGUUCUACGGUGUGUAUACCAGAAAGUCACAACCAAUCCGGAACGCCGGGAAUGGGUUGCACGUCUGGCAUGAAAGGAAUCAAAGAAAUGCUGACAAAGGCCGGUUACCCACUAGACAAAUUGGUAAUCAACAAAGCACAAAAUCCUUUGCUGUACAGAUUUACAUGGUACAAAUAA